AUGGCGACGGUGGCGGUGGCCGCGCCGGAGAGGCAGGCGGAGCAGCAGGAAGAGGAGGCGAUCGGGAAUGAAAAAUUCGUGUGGGCGAAGCACUGGUACCCGAUCGUGCCGCUGGAGUGGCUGGAGGAGGCGCGGGGGGAGGGGUACGAGUCCGGGCUGCCGCAGAUCCAGAGGCAGACGAUCCUGGGGAGGGACAUUGUCGUGUGGAAGGACGCGGAGGGGGAGUGGCGGGCGGUGGAGGACCGGUGCUCGCACAGACUGGCUGCCCUGUCGCUGGGGAGCGUCCAGAAAGACGGCACGCUGGCCUGCCGCUAUCACGGGUGGUGCUUCAAUGGACGCGGCGAAUGCACCCAUAUCCCCCAGGCCACCGAUGCUACCUCCGAGGCCACUGCCUGUGCCAGCAGCCGCUCCAAAAUCGUGGCCUUCCCCACCCUGGAGGCUCACAGCUUCCUCUGGGUGUGGCCCGACGAAAGCCCCACCUCCUGGGUGGAUGCUGCCAUGGCAAAGCCGGCUGUGGGGGCAGUCACGGAGCCAGACGCAGUGUGGAGCACAGAUGAAUAUGCAGUCACCUUUGGGGCCCUUAUGGAGAACAUCUUUGAUCCUGCACACCUCUUUCACUUGCACAAUGGGAUGCCCUCUGGCUUUUCCAAAUUCCAGCCACCCACCUUUUCCCCAGCAGCUGAGAAUCCCAUGAUGUUUGCAAAACAGGUUGGAGACAUGACACCCAACGGUGGCUUCAAGAUCUCGCAUGGUCAGUACUUCAAGGGAGACCUUAGGAAGGACUUCACCAUGCAGUUCACCCCCCCCUGUCUGACCUGCUGGAGGAACGUAUCACCCGAUGGCACAAUCGUCAACUUUGAGAUCAACUACGUUCCCUUGCGCCCAGGCCACACACGUUUCUAUGCAGCCUUCAAGAGAGACACAUCGAAUGUAACCCCCCCACCUUCAGCAGAGGGUGCACUGCAGCUAGGGGAUAUUGCACAGAAGGUGGUGGGUGCAUUGGCAGCAUGGCCCCUGAUGCUGAAGAAGCUGGCUUUUGGGAUUGUCCCAGAUUUUCUGAGGAAGAGUCUGCAGCAUCAUGGCCUGCUGGUGAAAAUGGGCAACCAGGACAAGGUCUCACUGCACUCUGAAGACCUCGCCCUCAUUGGGAGCAAUAUGCCCUUUCAACAGAAGACGUACCUCCCAACUCCCUCAGAUGUUGGCGUCGCCGCGUUUCGCAAGUGGAUGGAAAUGCAUGGGGGAGGAGAGCCAGCUUGGUUUGGUGGAGGCACAGAGGCGGAGGCCGUGCAGAAAAUCCGGCAGGAUGGCAUGUUUGAUAGGUGGGAGUUGCACAGCAGACGCUGCCCAACUUGCCGCAAGUCGUUGAAAUUUCUUGGCGCAAUGGAAGCCGUCGUGUCAAAGGCGGCUGCCAUCUUUCUAGGACUGGCGGCGCUGUUGGUCUGUAUGAGAGCAUCGGACCCCCGGCUGGCCAUGACGGCCACUGUAGUGGCGGGGGCCGCUCUGCUGCUGCGCUUCGAGGCUCAGAAACUGCGCAGCCAAUUUCUGAGCAACAUCCCAGACACCGGCAUCCCGGAGGUGUCGUUUGGAUGGCCGUCAUGA